UCGAAGCACCGGAGGUGCGUUACACGAUAGUUAGCUUUUAAUGUGCUUUAUUUUGUAGCGUAAUUGGUGCAAAGUUCAGCUUCGCCUCUGUGUUUAAUUUUCAACUGUCUGUUUCCUAUGUUUUUAACAUUAAGUCAGCAAUUGUUUUGUAGUUUUUCCAGAUUUUAUAAUGGGCUGGAUGUCAGACGGUAUUGUGAUUUUGUGCACGGAGCUUAUCUUCUUUAUUUUUGGCUGGGUCUACAGUAUGCGCAAAUUCUUCCGUGACUAUGAAAUUCAUUAUUUGUCUAUUCAGCUGGUUUUUGCCACAGUGUUUACUCUUUCUUGCACAUUGCUGGAGUUGAUCAUUUUCGAAAUUCUUGGUUGGCUGGAGCAAAACUCACGUUAUUUUCAUUGGAACUUGCAUUUGUAUUUAAUGCUUUUCUUGUUGAUUGUCCUAGUACCUCUCUACUUGUGCUAUUAUAUUUGCCAAAAUUUUUGCUUCAAGGGAUGUAGCAGGAGCUUAAUCAGGGCAGGUGCUUUGAUGCUUUGGUUUGGUUUUCUCUAUGGUUUUUGGAAACUCGGAGAUCCAUUCCCAAUCAUCUCAUCUGAGUUUAGACUGUUUUCAAUCGAACAGGGUGUUAGCCGAAUUGGAAUUAUUGGAGUGACAGUUAUGGCCAUUCUUUCUGGUUUUGGAGCUGUGAACUAUCCAUACACAUCUAUGGCAAUAUUUAUGAGAUAUGUUUCUGAAAGCGAUAUCAAAGCGGCCGAACGUCGCCUCCUACAGAGCUUAGACUCAACUCUGACGAAGAAGAAGCGAAUUCUACUAGCUCAUCAAGAAAUGAAGCCGAUGUUAAUCGGGACUAGUCCAACUCAGUCAAAUAAAUUUUGGAGGUUUUUCAACGGAAGUCCAACCCAUAACUCCACAGCUCACAACGACCAUCUGAUGUCGACUGAAAAUUUGAAAACAUUGAAAAAGGAAGCGACUGCUUCUGAAGAGUUGAAUAAACAAUUAUUUCUGGAAGUAGUUGAUCUACAUGCAGUGAAAGAACGAAUAGAGUUCAGUAAGACAUUCCAGGGAAAAUACUUUAAUUGUCUCGGCUAUAUUUUCUCGCUUUACUGCAUGUGGAAAAUUUUUAUCUGUACUGUGAACAUUUUGUUCAACCGAGUAGGCAAAGUAGAUCCCAUUACACGAGGGUUUGACAUUCUAGCACAUUAUUUGGGUUUCGAUCUGGACGUUCGGUUCUGGUCGCAGCAGGUUUCAUUCUUUGUAGUCGGUAUUCUGGUUAUCACUUCGAUUCGCGGUCUUCUACUGACGCUGACGAAGAUUUUCUACGCGGUCUCUAGCAGCAAAAGCUCAGACGUAAUAAUGCUGCUGUUGUCGGAAAUCAUUGGAAUGUAUUUCAUAUCAAUGGUUCUGCUGAUGAGAAUGAAUGUGCCCGAACAGUACAGACUGAUAAUAACUGAAGUGUUGGGUAAAUUGCAAUUCAAUUUUUAUCAUAGAUGGUUUGAUGUCAUUUUCCUAGUUAGUGCUUUAUCUACUAUAGGUUUAUUGUAUAUUGUGAGGCAAAACGCACCCUAGUUAUUUACAGAUGUAUUCCUUAGCUUGUGAAAUUUUAAUAUAUUGCAAUUGAGUUUUAUCCUGUUCUAUUUUUAAUGCACCACAAAUAGUGUUAUUUUGCUCCAAACUUUAACUCGCAUAUUUCUUUGCUAAGUAUUUCUGACCUAAAUGAAGGCUGUGAGAAUUAAAUGCUGUGAAAAGUCAAGUAGGUUGUAGCCAAUAUAGUGCGCGGUAUUGUGAACAUCGAGAAGGAUCCAGUUCUGUUU